AUGCAUCGAAGUGCCGGGAUUCUGCUCUUCCUCCUUGUCCUCUGUUCUCAGCUGGUUCGAGGCAUGCAGAACAUAAGCAUUGACGACCAGAACGCCCAGAUCACCUAUGUGCCCCUUGCGAAUUGGACAUUAACCGCGCCGGGCGCCUUUGACGCUGGAGGCGCACACAUGCUCACAGAAGAUUCGAAUGCCUACGCGACGUUUACAUUCACAGGUCCUGGCGACCUAUUCAUUAAAUAUCCAGGAGUCGCCAUCUAUUACAUGUCAUCGCUGUGGCCAUAUGUUGUCAAUACGGCCAUUUCGUUAGAUGGAGGUGCUCCAGUCCUCUUCGAUUUGCAAGACCAUACCCAACCAAAUGUCGGAAGUGGUCCGCCGACUGCAAAGUCGCGCAUCGUCGCGAAAGCUGAUGGUCUGGAAAAUAAGCAACACACGGUUCGGGUAUCUGUUGGAGCUGGUCAGCACUACGCUAUUCUGGACAUGUUGAUAUACACGUCGUUAAACGCGGGAGACCCGUCACCAGCAACUUCACCGUCUCCCUCUUUCGUUCCUGUCGAGUCGAGUGCUUCUUCAACUUCUUCCAGUUCACCGUCAACUCCUUCGACGCCGUCUUCGGGUUCCUCGUCUAUACCUCCCUCCUCGCCGUCUUCAAGUACGAAGGCACACCGUUUGGCCAUAGGCCUUGGUAUCGUUUGCACUCUCUUCGCACUUGGUUUAAUGUUCCUAGCCUGGUACUGGCGCAGGUGGUACCUGCGCAAUCAAUCAAUCCGCGGUGGUCCGGGUGAAGUCAACACCGAUGGUCCCAUCUAUAAUGGACCUGAUAUUCGCGAAUACCCAGACGAUGCCCCUCUUGGUCCGCAAAACGACAACCCUCAUGGUUUACCCGUGACAGAACCAGCGGCCGCCUUUGGCCUUGGGCGACGAGAUUAUACAGGUUCAUCUAGACGUUCAAAUCUAUUCCAUGGGCCAGGUCGUGAUCUCCAGGCCAGUCAUCACGAUCUCGUGCCUAGCCAAUACCCGUAUCAUGUUGAUGGCAGGGGGUUGGAGGAUCUUCCCCCUCCUGCCUUUGCUAACAGUCCACCACGUGCAUCCUCUGGAACUAAUACGGUUACAUCAGAUAUGCCCCAUCCUUCCCUCGCCUACACGAGUUCCCCCCAAACUAUAUUCAUGACUGACGGGAUGAGCACAAAUGGAACGGGGGCGCGCAACUCAUAUGGACUGCCGUUCCCUCAAUCGUUGGCGUACGCUCCUGUAACUUAG